AUGAGUGGGGUUGAUUUGAUGGAGCUCUCCAAAGGAGCCAUUACAGCAGCGAAGAAGACCGCUCUUAAGGGUCAACUCACAAUGAAUGACCUCAACUUUGUCAAGCUCAUGGACGUCAUCAGAAAAAUUGACUGGAGCCAUGACUCUGAUGGCAAACCAGUGGUCAGACCUAUGGAGGUGACCGCUCAUUCAUCUGCUACUCUACUCCAAGAGCGAGGUGUCAAGCCCAAAACUGCUUGCGACCACUGCAUCACUCUGGAUCUGCCGAGGCCCUUGGAGCCCGUCUUCAGGGGCUGCCAGGUUCUCAGAAAGGAGGCGAGCGUCUACGAGCUCCACGCGCCUAUGGGCAGGGGCAAAGAGGACGGUUGGCUGGGGAAUAUGCAGUACUCUGUGGCUCAACAGACGCUGCGGAUUGAUUUGACUGCUUACCUGGUCACGUUGGGUCUUCGAGAUGACGAAACAGGAUCCAAUGUCGACAUCAACAUCGACGAGGAACCUCCUAGGAAUCUGAGGACGGGGAAGGGGCGAGGAACGCAGACCAUAGCCCUGGAAGAAGAGGAGGGAACAAGCAAUCGUGUCACCAGGAGCAAGAACCCGGACGCCACCACUUCGUCCCAGAUGCCACCACCUGCCACUGGUAAACGUGCCAGAGCGAAUCCUACUGGUAAUGCCCGGCAGCCUUCGCAAAAGCUGGCAACUACUGGUAGAGCCCAAGAGACCCCUCGCGACCAUAACUCUCCGGAAGUCGUCAGCGACGCCCAGUCCCCUAUGGAAACUCCUGGUAUUACUACUGUUACCAACAACGACAAUGCCCCGGACGACCAGGAUCUCCCAGGAAUUACUGGGGAGGAAGCGUCAAGUGCGGAGGAGGCACUUGAUAUUACCAGUAUUACCGGUCAUACCACUGACUCCGAGCUUACCGACCUUAACGAAGAAGUUGAAUACUAUAAUAAGCUGAUUGCCGAAGACAAUCAAGGUCCUACGCGUCAAGAUGCACCAAUCGGAAGGCAUACAGUAUCCCGGCUGGAUCUCCGGAUAAGUCCACAGGGAGUCCUCGACUACUGCAAUGCAAACAGACUUGAUGCUAAUGACUCCUCACACAGAGUUGAGACCAGGCAGGCCCUGCGAUGUACCAAACUUGUCAGAUAUCGUACUGUUGCUAGCGAGUCGCGCCAUGAGAUUGCAAGUAUUUUAGGGGACAGACCAUACGCCUACAUCAUAGACACAGGACCCACAGCCAAGGACACUGACAUUCAGGCCGCGAUCAACACCGAGCUCAAGACCAGGAAUGGCGGCAACAUCCCUGCCUAUGAGAUCCGGGAGAAUAUACGUACCAAGAAGGGAAGGAGCACUGGCAUCUUUGUG